AGCUGGCAACCCUGCGUCCUAUGCAUUUGGCUAUGAUAAAUAAAUAAAAAAUUGUGCACUUUUUUUUUUAAUUUGUAACCAUGAAGUGUUUCAAAUAUGCAACGUUUGUUGUAUUUAAUGUAAUUGCCGCGUUGCUGCUAAGCGGAGUAUGCUGUUUUCUGCAGCAGCAACCCACGGUGCGCAUUGAAAUGGACGAAGCCGGCAUGCAUAGAAAACUAAAGUACACCGUGCAGUUUGAUAAAACACCACUCGCGGGCUCGAAUUGUCAGUAUAUGCUGGCCCAACCUUUGCCUGCAGCCGUUUAUGUCAGCACCGACGAGCUGGACGGACUGCAACGCUUGAAAAUGUUCCAUCUUGUUGCUUUGCAGCUGGAUGCAGUGUAUCCGAAAUUCGUGGAUGUUGAAAUCAUCACCGAAAAGGCUGAACCGUUUUCGGUGCUGUUACGUGGAACGCCCAAGAUUACGGAUACCCUAACGCUGCCCAUUCAUUUUCGCUAUCACGCCGCGAGCCGUAACUACACCUCGGCCACGGUCGCAAUAGGCGCACCCCAACUUUAUCUGAGCUGUCCAAUGGGCGAUAAGGAACUCAUUGACACGGAAUUAUUAGAUGGACCAGAUAAGUUCUACUGCCUUGGCGAGCAUAAAACCGAUUUUGAAGAGCAAUCCAAACAGUUGACAGCCGAUAAUUGUAACUGGCGGCGAGUAAAGGCGAACUUUCAAACGGAGCGAGCGCUGCACGCGGAGAUACCUGUGGGCGAUGCCAAUGACUAUAUAUUUGUGCUCUAUGCCACAAUUGCCCUUACCUGGACGGCGUCCAUUUGGACCAUACUGAGCACGCGGUCGGUAGCUCGUCGCAUCAAUGAAGAACUAACCGAGCAGCAUUUGCUGUUGCAGCAUGAGGAGAAAGUUAAUUAACAGCGAUUCCAUUAAAUUACGAAAGGACCUCGGCGUGAAAUGAAUCGUAAAAUAAGAUUCGAGCGAUAAACAUCUCGCCAGACUAGAGUUUAUGCCAUAUUUGUGUAUAAUUUGGGCUCGUGCAGUCGUAGAGAUAAACCCGAGCGUUGUUCAACUGGAAGGCGGGUCCAAUAAAUGCCAGUAAAUGCUGAUUCCACAGACAAGGUCUUAUGCUGUUUAAGCAACAUUUUGUGAUUUCCCAUUGUAUAUGUUUAUAGGUGUAUUCAGAGUACAUUAAACUUUGGAUGCUUUAUACUAGGUUUAUGAAAUAAAUGUUAAAUGUUUCUAAACUUAUCUGUCUACAACUGCGCAUCUAGAAGUUGAUUUUCUUUUCGUUGAAGAACUGCCAGGUUAUGGCAUUGUUUUUCUGCAAUUGCAUUGUUUGUGUCAAGUUGUUAUCUAGCCGAGGUUUCCUUCUAAAUAGCUUUCACCUGAAUUUGCUGGUAAUCUGCUUUUAUAAUCAAUUGUUCCAAUGCCGAAUCCUCUUUUCUCUUUAAAAUACUUAACAUAUCUAUUUUAAGGUUGUUUUUUUUUUGGUCUUACACUCAAUCAGCUAAUGAGGACUUGCACUUCACAUUUUCACAAAAAAUUAACCGGCGUUGCCGGGGUGGAAUAAGUAAUAUCUAAAAUGCAAGUGGUAUCGUUUGCGAGAUAUGCCGAUGAAUUUGAACCGGCGACUUUUCAACUGCUUCCAACGCUCGAAGACCUAUCACAAAAUGUAUUUAUGCUAAUCUUAACUUAAACUUAUUUAAUUACAACUUUCUAUGAC